CGUGAAGGAAAAACACCAUGCGAAUACUGGCGCAUCUUCGUCUCAGAGUACCAACAUGAGAGAAGUCAGUGGUAUUUUAGCGCCGCCGGCACCAAGAAAGAAAGCCAGUAGCUUUCAGCCCGGGCCGAUGAGUUACGCAUCUGGCACACAAACCGUUAACGAACAGUGGGGAGAAAAACUAAAGCGGAUUGAAUUUCAGCGGAUUGUAAAGAAAUUCGUCGAUAACCCGAGUCAACUUACAACAGCUGAAACCUUCUACGUUGCCGCCGCCAUGCUAUCAGACGAUGCAAGAACUCUGAUCGAACACUCCGAAUACUCCGAACAUAUGAAACGGACAUUCUACGGAAAGUGGGGAUUUGGCGGCGAUAUUGAUGUUAUUUGCGGUGAAAUCAGACAGAUAAUUGAGGGAGUUCACAUCUUCGACUCGCACCAGAACAAAUACUGUUUGAUGCAGGGGACAACCUGCUCCGGUGCUCUAAAGAUGAUCGGAAGAGAGUCGCUACACAUUGUUAAGGAUAUUUACA